CGGAUUAACCCUGCAAGCAUGCACGCUAACGCUAAGCGUUAAGUGAUUAGCGUGGGUCUCCUGAUGAGACUAGUACUCUGAUUCGUAUCGAUUCAUUGGAUAUUAAAACAUCGGCGUCGGCUCUCUUAAGGACCUAACGCUCUACUUAAAGACCUUUUUAGAGCGGUCAGUAGGUCAAUCAACGCCCACGCAUCAUUCAACAACUUCAACACUAUUAACGCGUUUGACCGCUAACGGAUCGGGCUGUGAGGGGCUGGGGUCCGCUAGUUUGAUGUGGCACUACGUAGCCGCCCCUGCGCUCCUGCUCAGACUCGAGGAUUGGCCAUUGACGUGGCUAUAAUGUCUGUCAUUGGAUAUCAGUGGUCACGUGAUCCGUAGGAUGAGCGCGGCCACUGCAGCCCAUCGGCCCGCCCCAGCAGCCAACAGGCCCGUGCCGGCACCUCACUCCGACGUUAGGAUGCGGAACAACGCCAAACCCGAACACCAGUCAGACUCAGCCACCCAGGGCGGGGGCACGCCCCCUGCCUCCCCUGGACAGGAGCCCGUCAGGACCUCAAGGGGGUGCUGCUUUUGCUGCCUGGCAGUCAAAAGCAGUAAUGGCGGCUCUGACAAAUCUCGAGACAACAAACUCAGCACCAUGCCAGAGAAGGACGAGCCCCCUACGCUAGAGGAGCUCAAACUUUGGGGCGAGUCGUUUGAAAAGUUAAUGAAAUGUUCGGGUGGCCGAAAGUUGUUCCGUGAUUUUCUUAGGUCAGAGUAUAGCGAAGAGAACAUGCUUUUUUAUUUAGCCUGCGAGGACUUAAAGAAAGAAGAAAACCCUGAGCUCAUUGAGGAGAAGGCACGGCUGAUAUACGAGGAUUAUAUAUCUAUAUUAUCACCUAAAGAGGUUAGUUUAGAUUCUCGGGUGAGAGAAGUUAUAAAUAGAAAUAUGGUUGAACCAACACCGCACACAUUCGACGAAGCACAGCUCCAAAUAUGGACAUUAAUGCAUCGAGACUCAUAUCCACGAUUUCUCAACUCACAGAUGUACAAAAAACUAGUGCAGCAAUUGUCAUGAAAGAGUGAUCUACUUGUCAAGUGCACUCAUAGAAUUAAUUACUGUUUUUUUUUUUAUAAAUUAUUCAAUUUCUUUGAAGAUUGUUGUGUGAGAAGGUGUGACUAAUUGAAGAAGCCAAGGUGUUCAAAAAUUUGAAUAUUUCUGAUUGCUGGGCACUGGAUUAUGGCUGAGUGGUCUCAAAGUUUACCACUGACGACAAAAAAAAGUCCCCUUUUGGAAUGUGGAUCUCCUUUGUUAAUGAACAUUUUUGAAAAUGUUGCCUGAAUGGGGAAUUAUAUCGGGAUAUAAAAUAGUCUGUAUCAUUGAUCAUCCGGAUAAUCUGUUUUUUUGUUGGGUGAGCAGACAAGAGGGAUCUCUGUGAUAACAUCCAGGACUUUGAUUGUGUCUUGACCGGGCAUAAGACACUGACUAUUGUGUCUUGACCGGGCAUAAGACACUGACUAUUGCACUACUAUUGCAUCAUAUUGAAGGUUAAUAACACUAUUACGAUGAUACCAUCUGCUACAAAAAGAGUUUAUCUCAUUCAUCCUGAGAAAAUCUUUCUUAAAUCCCACAGCUUCUAUUGUUUUCAUAUUGUUGUAUGUACUGGAUAAGAGCUCUUCUUACAAGAAAUAAAAAAAUGAAUUCUAGAUCUCAAAUUUGAUUAAAACUUUAUUUAAAAAUUACAAUGUGCUGCUGUUCUUUUUUAUGAUUUUUUUUUUAGAAGUUUGCAUUUCAAUUUGUCAACAUUUAAAUAUUGCAAACAUUUAGUAAAAUAUUACAAAGUAAAUACUUGUAUAAUAAACAAAAUUAACAAAUGCAAUCAUUAACAGUUUAUAUUUUUUUAGUAGUCUAAUUUUUAAUUUAUUUAGUCAUAGCUGUUUAACAUUUUUUAUCAAGAAUUAUCAAUAUAUUUUUUUUAAUAUUAUUUUAAAUAAAAAAGCUUAUUCUAAAUAAUUAUCAGAAACAAAGAUUUUAUUUACUUAGUUUCAAUAUAUUUUCAACUAUAAGAGAAAUGGGUCUACCAAUUAUCUUAACAGAGCUAUAGCUUACUGAGAUAGGUUUAAUAAAUAUUUACCUACAUUGUUCUCAUUUUAAUCAUAUUAAUGCUUAAAGGCAACUCUACUUGUGAUGUCAAUUUUGUUUUAUUAAAUAUUUGAGUCUUAUAAAAAUAAAUCCUUAAGUACUGAGAUCAAUUUCAAAUUAUCUCUUACCUAAAUUCUCUUAAGAUAUAUUUUCAAAACUACUCCAACAAAUUUAUGAUUCCAAUGAUCUUGAAAAUAUUUUUUUUAAAAUAAAAAAUCUAUUAAAAUGUUUAGAUAAGUAUGACACAGCUUAUAAAAUCUAACUUAACAUAACUGAAUGGAUUUUAAUACUUUCUUCCAAUAACAAAACACCAUAAUGGUGUCUGCUAAAAAUUGUUUUGAUUUGACUAGAUCAUUUUCUGUUAACUUGGAUUACAUAAGUUUUAACUUUGGUUACUUAUGGUUUUUUCUUUCAACAUGGUUCAGUUAAUUUACUUUAUUUUUUUUUUUAUUCAACAUCUAGAGUAUUAAAGCAAACCAAAAUUGUAACAAAUACAACUUAGAAAGAUAUGUAUCAAAGAUCUGUAAUAAAGAUCUAUAUCAAAGAUACUCCGUGUCAUGUCUCUGGCACCCUUGUUGAGCUAGUAUCUUGAACUUUGAACUGUUGGUAUGAUUUUAAUAACAUCAUACAUACAUCAAUGUGCAUAUCAUAGCUUUUUGCUAGAUAAGUUAACAAUCAAUUGAAUGUUGAUAAUUUUGUAUGCAUUUACUUCCAUGCUUUCAGUUGAUUCAUAUUUUUAUAUAAUUACACUUCUUUUUUUAAAUUUUGUAUUAUUUAUAAUCAGUUAGAUGACUACAUUUACUCCUUUUUGAUGUGCAGAGAAUGUUUCAUCCCCUUUAGCCUCCCUCGUUCCACUCUGUCUGACCAGCAUCCUUUUGUUGUUACUUAGGAUUAUCAAUUUAAUUCUUGAUCAGAAAUUUCAUGCUUGAUUUGUCACUCUGAUUUCAGGUUAAAUGUCUGUAAAUACUUUUCUCUGUGUACCUGUAGGAAAAUUUAGCUGUACCUGUCAAGUAUAAAUGUCUUACUAUUGUAAAAAGAUCUAAUCAAUAUUAUUAUGUACCGGUAUUGUAAAAAAAAAGCAGUUUUUUCUUUAAUUUAUCUUCAUCUAGUUGCCUUUUAAGGCAAGAAAAAACUAGUGCAAUUUUAAAUGUUAUCUGAUUCUGAUCAUCUGUUUUCAACCUACACUUAAGGCAAGCAGGCUCUAGCUUAUCAAAGCCUAAAUUACUAGCCCAUUGUUUCUAUAGCCAACAUUGAUUACAGUCUUCUAAUACAUUUUUAAUACUACAUUUUUAAAAGGUUUUUUUUUUUUAUUUCUCUUGUGAUUUACAAAAUAACAAUUUUUUAGAAUUUAAAGAACUAAGUCAGAAUAUUUGUCAUUCGAAAAAGCAUAUUAUUUUAUCAAUGAGCUCUCCUUCAUCAAUGUGUAUACAGUAUGAAUUUCCUAUGUAUCUGUUGUUUAUAACAAUAAUUCCAGUAUGGAUGGUUAAUGAUGUGUGCUAGUGAAUCGAAUGCCAGACCAAGUUUCUGUGAUGCAGACAAUAUAUAAAUAACAUUGUAUAGUGCAACGAUGAUUAUCAUUGUCUCAAGUUCCUGGAUUUUCUAAAUAUUAAUUUAUUACAGAUGUGUUUUAUAAUCCUCAAAAUAUUUAUUUCAUUCAUAUCACACUGUCUGUGUAUAAGUAAGUAUGCUGUCAUUUUUUGACGUCAGACGUCAAAUGGUGUGAUAAGGAAGUUCACAGUGACAUAUCCAGCUGAAGGUACAGGGCUAAAUAAACCAUUUUUUUACGGUUCAAAUUUUACAUACUACCCUCAGAACUUUUAGAUACAUCUUUAAGUUUGCUUUUUACUAUGUUUUAGCACUGUACUAAUAUGUUACAAAAUAAUGUUAAUUCAGCCACAUUUGAAUUAUUGCAGGACACAUUUUAUAAUUUUUAAUAAAACAAUGUUUUAUUGGGUUUUUUUAACUUCUUAUAAAUAUGUACGUAUGGUUAGAUUUUUACAGUGUUCUUUUUAUAAUUAAUUGUUGUUGGGUUUUUUAGCUAAAGAUGAAACUCAUUUUUUAAUUUGAAUUUUGGCUGUUUGCUUCUAUUUUUAAAAAACAAAAUGUUUUCCAUCAAAAUUAUUGGGGGGGUUUACAAAAGCACUGCAAAAAUUACAUUCCAGAAUAUUAUAGUCCAAAAAAUAAUCAGAAGUAUGAGUAAACAAAUAUUAAACCAUGCAUUUAUCUAACAUAACAGCAUGAUUAGUUUCAACAUCUUUGAUUACAACAAAAAUGUACUUAAACAAUUAUAUUAGACAAAUAUCUUUUUUAUACAGUUACAACAGCUAAAUUUAAGGUUGUGAAUGAAUACUCAUCUGCUUUGUGUUACAUGUUUUUAGUAAAUAGUUUACAUAAAACUGGUUCUUAGAAUUAAUUAUAAAUAGUUUAUGAAAUAAUUUUAUACCACCUGUUUUUGUCUCUAGAUUAAGAAGGUGUGAAUAGAUUAAUUUACCUAGUUGAGAUCUCAAUAAUUGUUUUCUUAUUUGAGAUGUCAAAAUGAAUAAGUAAAUUAUGGAUAAAAUCAAUCUAGUCAGUACUUUCCAUAGUACUUUCGUUCUCUCUCAUCUGUACAAUAGGUUGUUAAUUUUAUUUGUAUUACUUAAAUUGAAACAUUUUUGGCUAAUCAAACAGUCCAGCUUUCAAGAAACUACCUAAAAACAUAACUGUUCUUUCUUAUAUUAGGAAACAAAUGAAAAUGUGUACCUUGUGCAGAUCAGAUGAAAAGUUGUUUGAGACAGAGGUAGACUCAAUUUGUUAUACAGAGCGGGG